AUGUGGGCCUUAAAUAGCACCGAUGCAAGCCGCCGGAAUCGUAGCACGCUGCUCUUCUCCAUUAUGGAUCCAAUGGAGGGGCUCCUCCCUGGUGCCGAGCGAAGCGACGACGAUGGUUUCUGCAUAGACGACCUGGACGACUAUCAGCUAUUUGACAACAUUGCCGCUUAUUCUGGGGAUUUUUCAGACAAUAGUUCAGCGGCUCGAGGCGAUCUAGAAGAACGCUCCCAGCAGCAAAAGGGCACAAAGAGGGGUCCUUCUCGGCGUGGAAGGGCUAAUGAGAAAAAGGAUAAGCCUUGCCCUGCUAAGGAAACUCCGUGCAGGAAGCCAAAAUCGCGUGCAGAGCCGUCCUACAAGGUCGUCUACUCGGAGAAAGGGUCCCGCAACGCAACCAAGUUAAACACCCCUACAAAGGCCACACGUCCACGCAAGGAGUCACUUGCUCCUUCGGACUUCUAUCACGAAGGCUACAGCUUUGAAUUGGACCCAGAACUUUUCUGUGCGGUCUCCAGCCGCAUUGAGGAAAGCACCUCGGCCUCGUGCCAGAAGUGGCACGAGAGGACAAAGAAACCGGUUUUUUCUCCACGUAGAAAGAGUAGUGUAGCUUCGGAAGAUGAUGAGCGAGCGUCUAUUACCAAGAGCGGCCAUCUCCGUGGGUAUAGUGGGCAGCGACACCAUCGCUCCUGCCUCCACGACUUUCUCACGCCAACUGCUUGUCAGCAUUCGUCUGUGCGGAGCCCACAGCGUAUGUCCACCAUUCGCGAGUCCCCCGAAGAGUCUGUGGCGUCUCGUUACGGCACAAUCCAAAAGCUUCCACCGAGCAAAUUCACAAAUAGCCCUGCACCGGGUUUGGGAGCAGAGCCCUCAGGGUUUACUCCUCCAGCGACCCUAAUUGAGAAGGCCAAGCAUCUUAUCCUUUACACAAUUCAUGUUCUUGGUGCAGCACUCUGGUCCGACGACAACACAUCCAUCGACAGAGUCUAUACUCUCACCUCUGGAAAGGUGAUUAUUGCAGCACCACCCCUCUUACAAGUUUUGCUUAAGGAAGAGCCUUAUCUUGCCACUGGAGUCUUGUUCUUUGUUGUAUGGGUUCUUGUUGCUGCGCUGUUUAAAGUGCUUUCUGCGUUUCACACUCUCUACAAAUUGCUUAUCAAGCCGCCUCUCAUAAUCCUCCUCUUUCUGGCCUCACGGCUUAGGCAUCUGAUUUAUAGCCUCUGUGCAGCGAGUCUUGUGUAUCUUAUUUUGAGCCUCGUGGAUUAUACAGAGAUGCUGCGGCACAAUGAGCUAGUGGAUGAGGAAGACCCAUUUAUGUUUAUCACCAAUGGGAGUGUUGAGAAUAUCGACUUUGCACAUUUGAAAACAAUCACUCCCGAGGAGAUGCUGGCAAUGGUGAGGCAUCUACGUAUCAUGCUUCUGUUUCCCACCGAGAUAAUCCGUCGAUUCUAUGACGGGUUCGAUCAAAUAUACAUUCCAAAAAGGCCGGAUGUCCUUAUUGACAUUGUCUUUUGGUCUGUUGGAGUUGGGAGCUGGAUCGUUAGCACCUGUGUGUCAUAUUUCUAUCAUCUCUUUUUCCACGUCGUCUUCAUUUUCAUGGCAUCUUUCCCUGUGGUUAGGACGAAGCGUGCAAAGUUUAAGUAUGUUCAAACUUACUAUGCAACCAUCGUCUCUCUCAUCAUCGUAUCUCUGGGCACCAUACUUUCUAUUAUUAAGAUACCAGGGCUUACCAAAGCUACGAAUUGGAUCAGUUCUCUCUCGUUUCUAGUCUUCUUCGUGGGCGGUGCAGCGCGGAUCACAAGCUACCUCUUAAAGCGUAGGCUCUGA